AAACAAUAGGCGAUGCAUACUGCGUUGCGGCAGGGCUGCACAGGCAGAACCUGAAUCAUGCAAAGCCCAUAGCUUUGAUGGCCCUGAAGAUGAUGGAACUGUCAGAGGAAGUGCUCACACCAGAUGGAAGACCUAUCAGGAUGAGGAUAGGGAUUCACUCAGGUUCAGUUCUGGCUGGAGUUGUUGGUGUAAGAAUGCCAAGAUACUGUCUCUUCGGCAACAACGUCACCCUGGCAAGCAAAUUUGAGUCAGGAAGCCAUCCGCGCCGGAUCAAUGUCAGCCCAACAACAUACCAGCUUCUGAAAAAAGAAGAAAAUUUCAUUUUCAUCCCUCGGUCCCGUGAAGAGCUUCCAGAAAACUUUCCAAAGGAAAUCCCUGGGAUUUGCUAUUUCCUGGAGGUCAGAACUGGUCAGAAACAGCCAAAGUCCUCUGUCACAUCUGCCAGAGUGAGAAAGAUCUCCUACAACAUUGGCACCAUGUUCCUCCGGGAAACGAGCCUAUGAGGCCGGCAGGCAGAUCAAAGACUCAUCAAAAAAGCACAAGCCCAGAACUGGGGCAUGACAGGAGAGUGGAGAUUCUUUCUGUUUCACUGCAUUGUUGCCAGCAAGCAGUAAAAGCUCCAUGAAAUGUCAGGCAAUAAUUAUUUUUGAAGGUGGGUGAUUGCUGUCAGUAAACAGACUGGAAAGGGGCAAUGGGAGGAGCAGGGAUUUUUGACAUAAGCAAGCUUCAAAUCAUACAAAUUGGCACUCUGCUUCCCCAAGCUUCUGUUGAUCAUUAAUUGUCAAUGGGAUGACCAAAAAGGAUCCAAGUUGAUUUGCUAUUGAUGGAAAGGAUGUUAUUCCACUAAAUGUUGUGGGGUUGAGGUGGCCAACUUGUGCCUUGCUUGAUGUUCUUGGACUCCAGUUCCCAUCAGUCCCAAACAUAAUGGCUAAGGAUGAUGGGAGGUAUAGUCUGAGAACAUCUGGAGUGGCACAACCUGUAUACCAAUGCACUAAGCAUCUGGACCAGCAUCCAGUUAGUUGGUUCUAUUGGUGGAACUGCUUCCAUCAAAAGAACCAGGAGGCAGGCAAUUCUUCCUCCUCAUUCCAGCCACCCUCUGGAGCAGUGUUUUGGGCAACAUAGAAGGCUGCAGUGGGUGGAGAAAGUAGUCCUGUUGCUCUUCCAUUUUGUGCAAGCUUGGCAUUGGAUGUAGUAAACCUUGGCCUUCUGUCCAAGGUCCAGCGAGAUAAACCAGUGCUUAGUGGAUUGCUUCAUUCUGUUGAGAAACGAGUGCUUCUUUUUUGAAAGCUUAGUUUCCCUGCUACAGUGCAUUACACACCCUCUGUUCACAUCAGCAGAAUUGGAGUAAGUUCACUUAACAUGUACCUAUAAAAUGCAUGUAGACAUCACAACAGCGAGACUCACAGGCUGGCACUUUAAAUUUGCACCAGCUAAAGAGACAGUUGAGAUUAUGAAGCAUUCUUCCAUUUAAUAGUGUUAUUCACUAAGGGUGAAGAUGCAUCUCAGUUGGAUUUUUAAAAGAAAAAAACACACACUUCAUACAAAUACUGUAGAGAUCAUUUAUAGCCUUCCUGGCAUUAUAAUCCAGAAUAUAAUAUUGUAGGGGUUUUAUCUAUUUUUUAUACAUUUCACUUUCUAACAAUAUUUCACAUGCUGCAACAGAUGUGAAUGUAGCCUGCUACAUCUGAUGUCCUCUUUCCACCUCUUAAGUGCGUAUGUUAUAAUCAAAAUGAUGGAAGCCUGUUUUGUUGGGAGUUUGCAAGAGUCACAUUUUUUUUUCUUUUGCUAAUAAAUGUUUAUGUCUUGCCUAUUUCAAAGAAUGUACAGUAUUGGUUCUAGAAGUAGUGUGUAUGACAGCAUCAGAAAAAAUGCGAGAAAAGUUGUACUGACCAGGCUCAAUAUCUGGUACAUUGUUGGACAUGGAAUAAGUCAAGGCCUUGGCAUUCAGGUUUGACGUGAAAGCUCGCUACCUGUCUUAUUUGUUCAUGUGCAGUGUCAGAAGCAAUGUUUUAGAUAGAUCAGCUUGUGAGGUGAAGGCCCUUCAUGGGCGACAAAACACAUUUAUUUAUUUAUUUAUAUUAUUUGUAAAAUAAUAUAGAUAACAUACCUAAAAAGGUGAUGGUUCCAAAUCAUAACCUCAAUGUGCGUUGAAUGUUCUCCAAGCCAUCAUAUGCAUAAGAUCACAAGCUUAUACUGUGGAUCAAUGCGCCAAGAUUCAAUAUAUAUGGUAUUUUACAAGUAUCUCACAAAAAUAAAUUUCGUAAACAGGGAUUGUUCAGAGUCCUGUUGUCAAAUACUAGACCUGCAGAUGAUUUUAAAUCUUAGCAGAGUUUUGUUCCACCUCUCUCUUUUUAUCUCAAUUUCUGGCAGUCCCUUGCCUGCUUGGAUCGUGGACUUCCAGAAAUCACAUUGUUUGAUUGCAAGUAUAGCUUACAGAGCUACAUGAAGUGUACAGUCCUAUAAGUGUGUCUACUGAAAAGCAAUUCUAGUUGAGGUCAAUGGGGCUUGUUCCCUGGUAGGUGUUCACAGAAUUACAGCCUAGGUGAUGUUAGGUAUGCACACUUUUGACUGCUGGGCGCAAGAUGAUAAACCUGUUGCAUUAGUAUCAGUUAUUUUGAUGUGAUUAUUUCCAGAGGGUUGAGGGAUGUGGCUUGAUUAUUGUUUUGCUCCCAAGAAAAAUACUGUAUGUAGAUAAUUUCAUGUUGUUUUUUCCCCAUGUAGAAUAAUUCAACAACUCUUUUUAAAAUUGAGGCAUUAGUUUUGCUGCCAUAUGUAGCUGAAUGUUUUGAAUCAUUUUACAAUAGACAUCUAUUUUUGUAUCAACAACAUGCCAUGACAACCCAAAGCACACUGGGCUCUGAAGAACAUGAAGCCAUAUGUGUUAUGCUUUAUGUGGCAGUUCAGAAGUCAAGACGGCUAAAGAGUCAGAACUUUACACAUCAAUAGUUUUCAGAGAAGCUGUGCUGAAAAUCUUCCAUACGUCAGAGCCCACUUCAUCACCCGCAUGAAGUACUAUCUUUGGCAUUGAUACAGAUAUAGAGAUGCAUGUAGGCAUACAUAGGUCUUUGUUAUGUCUAUAUUUUAUAUAUAUUGCAUAUAUUGAUUCAUAUAAAUAAAAUUACAUGCUUAGCAA